UUGGCGAAGGCGUCGCUCAGAAAAGUCCUUCGGCCCUGUCUGCCAGCUUUGCGUCCGGUCUCUCCCUUUUUCUGUUAAAUGCCUGUUUUCUAGUCGCUCUCGUUGCGGAGAUGGUGAACUACCAGGCUACACCCAACUCCAACUACCCUAGGCCUCCGCGGCAGUUCUCACCCUCACAAACUGAGGCGAGCUGAACUUCUGAUUGGGCUUAACGUCUUGUCAAUCUCCGAGUUUUUCCAAUCAGAAGUCGAGUCCUCCCAGCUUCCAGCUCUUCCAUUGGCCUGUGUGCCCGGGAAGGUGGAGGAAGAAGGGUAAAGCGAGGUCGCGCGAGAGCGGCGCUCUGUUCUCAGUGCGCAGGUGCGAAGUAGCUGGCAGGGGCCCGGGCCGGGGGCGGGCUUGAAGACGCGUCUUUGGGUUUUGGACACUGUGACAGAGCCAGCUCGGUGCACCGCUUGGGCGCAAAGCCUUUGUCAGGGUCCCGGCCGAGAACAAGGCCUGCGAGAUUCCCAAUGGUGUCCAUGACUUUCAAACGGAGCCGCAGCGACCGGUUCUACAGCACCCGGUGCUGCGGCUGCUGCCAUGUCCGCACUGGGACGAUCAUCCUGGGGACCUGGUACAUGGUGGUGAACCUGUUGAUGGCAAUUUUGCUGACGGUGGAAGUAACUCAUCCAAACUCAAUGCCAUCUGUCAACAUUCAGUAUGAAGUCAUUGGCAAUUACUAUUCAACUGAGAGAAUGGCAGAUAAUGCCUGUGUCCUUUUCGCCGUCUCCGUGCUCAUGUUCAUCAUCAGCUCGAUGCUGGUGUAUGGAGCAAUUUCUUAUCAGGUGGGCUGGCUCAUUCCCUUCUUCUGCUACCGGCUGUUCGACUUCGUCCUCAGUUGCCUGGUUGCUAUCAGCUCUCUCACUUACCUGCCAAGGAUCAAAGAGUAUCUGGAUCAGCUGCCUGACUUCCCUUACAAAGAUGACCUCCUGGCAUUGGACUCCAGCUGCCUCGUGUCCAUUGUCCUGCUGUUCCUCGUCUCAUUCAUUAUUUUCAAGGCUUACCUAAUCAACUGUGUGUGGAACUGCUAUAAAUUCAUCAACAACAGAAACACGCCGGAGAUUGCUGUGUACCCUGCCUUUGAGGCGCCUCCGCAGUAUGUGUUGCCAACCUACGAAAUGGCAGUGAAGAUGCCCGAGAAGGAACCGCCGCCUCCUUACAUACCCGCCUGAGGACACUCGGCCUUUGUCAAUAAACCCUAUACCAGCUUUUCGUCUUGUUUAUUUUACAGAAUGCUGCAAUACAGGGCUCUUCAAACUUUUUUGAUAUAAACUACCUUUUCCUUUGUUUAAGCAUUUAUUUUCAAACACUAACAAGCUUUUUGGACAUCUAUUAAAAGUCAAGGUUUUUUGUUAAGUCUAUCACAUUCUAGUGGGUUUCCAAGACAAUCGAGGAGAAGCGAGAGCAAAGUGCCAUUGUUUGCCUUUCAUUGGGGGGUGGGAGGGGCGUUCUCUACACAUUUCCUUUUUUAACUUUGCACUUUCUUUAUACGAUAGUUUGCAUUUUGGUUGUUUGCUGCCCUGGAUCCUUUCAGGAGAAACGAGUAAGAUAUUCAGGGUGAGUGAGUUGGGUGUAAGAUCUGAGGUUUUUAGCUCUGAACGCAGGAAGAAGACGCAACAUUGUAACGUGACUGUGGAAGGCGAUAGUUGCAUGUUUCUAGUUUGUAUGUGGUUUCAUCUUUGUGAUAAGAUGCUUUAAUAAAUCUCUUAAACUUU